GGCCAAGGGGCGGGAGCACAAAGCUUUUCGCUUUAAUGUUUGUUGCUUAUGGUCCCUUUCUAAUCUAGGGCUCCGUUCGUACUUUACGGCAAGCCGCCCUUCUUCUCUGCUGGAAAAUUAUUUAGCCGAAGGGGCGCAGCUGCUUGCGCCAAUAGGCAGCGGAGUUGCGAUGACAAAAGAGGCGGUGCCGUAAAGCGGAAGCCGGUCGUGAAGAGGCAGCUCGUCCCCAGUGCCAGCGCUUGAGGAGUUUGUCAUUGGAAGCGGCAGAGGCGACUCGCGUGGCUGACCUGCGCCGAGCUCUUUGCCUUUUUUCUCCGCUGUUCCUUCGCAGUCGUCGUCUUCCGCCAUGGCGGCGGCGCUGGCCCGGAAGGCCGUGGACUAUGUGCGCAGCAAGGACUUCAGGGACUAUCUUAUGAGUACGCACUUCUGGGGGCCAGUAGCCAACUGGGGACUCCCAAUUGCUGCUAUCAAUGACAUGAAGAAAUCGCCAGAGAUCAUCAGUGGCCGAAUGACCUUUGCACUUUGCUGUUACUCAUUGACUUUCAUGCGGUUUGCAUACAAGGUGCAGCCAAGAAACUGGCUGCUGUUUGCUUGUCACUUUACCAAUGAAUUUGCACAACUUACUCAAGGAGGAAGAUUGAUCAAGUUCAACCUAGAAAAAAAGAACUGAGUGUCUGUUUAACGGGGGAAAUGGAAAAGGUGCUCCACAGAUUACAACAAAGGAAGGUCUAUAUUUGCUGCGUCGAAUAUUAUUGCAUCACCAUCAUCAUUAAAACAUAGCAACGUUCAGUGUCAUCCCAGCCCUAAAUUUUGUAGACUGACUUUUAAAAAAACCUGUGUAGCAGUUUGAAACAUUACAUCAAAUAUUUUGCCUUAUAAUUACUACUUUUUAAUAUAUUUAUUUAUGAAAUUGUUCCAUGUGCACAUACCAGAUUUUCAGAAGGAUAAGAAUUGUUCUUAACAAGCUGCAAAAAACAGGCUCUGAACCAAUUUGUGUAAUUUGAUUUUAAGAAUUUAACAAUGGGUAUUUGCCUGGCACACAAAUGUACUAAAGAGUGGUGGUUCUGUCUCCUUAAGUGCGUUGUAGUUGCCAUAAAAUAGUGCAUGUGUUUAGGAGCAUCCAUUCAUCACGGUUUUUAUAACUAAAUUGCAGGGCUGUCACAUCAGCAAUACAAUGCUGACUAAAAGCAAAUAUUUGCUGACUAACUGCUCUCAGGUUGCUGAUUUGAAUGUUGUAUGUGCUCUCCCACAUAUACAAGUCUAACUCCUAGUUCCUAAAAUUUAGGGGAUUCCAACCCCCCAGUCCCUCAAAAUAAAGUGAAGAGGGAAAACAAAAUUUCUUUGUUUUAUGGGCUGGUUGAAACAAAAUCUGAGAGUAGCACAUUCUACAUGUAGAUGGAAAGUAGGAUUAUUAUAGGAAUACCUUUUUGCCUUAGGCCUGCUUGACAUCUGCACUGCAGACAAAAUGUUAGCAUGGAGUCUGCUUUUGUAAAUGCCAACAUUUUAGGUCUGAAAAAUGGGUAAUUUCUUGAGUGGGUUAGCAACCAUAUGGUUUCGUCCUAUGCACAAGAGAAAUUUCACAUGUGAGUUGUUUGCAAAUGUUGCAUCCAGUGCUUGGAUAUUUUGUCGCCUUUGGUCAAAUGUGCUAAGUGAACAAAAUGAGUAAGCUUCUACAACCCAGUGUGUGUAGACUGCAUACCCCAAAUAGUUCAUCCAAAGUGUCACAUCUUACAAAUACUCUGAAUGCUGUGGAUAUUCAGUUUGUGUCAGUGUCCUAAUUCAUAUUACUUACUUAAGAUGUUGAUAGAAACCUUUAAAUGUUAUUUAACACAAAAUGUAACCACAGACUUAAAUGAAGACUUCUGGAAAGAAAGAGUUGAAGGAUACUUUGGUCUGCCAGAAUUAUAAAUUUAAACACGACGUUUUAAUUACUUCCUUCUAUAGCACUUAUGACUUUUAUCAACAACGGUAAAGUACCAUAUACAGGUUGUAUUUAAGUUUUGUUGUUAGCGCAAGAACUCUGGGGGCAGUAAACUUUCCCAGCGUGGGCGAGAAGUGACAGUAAGAAACUUCUAAUUAAACUAAUGGCAAUAAACUAUUCUGAGGGAAUUUUGUACUGUCAAUUUUCAAUAAUGUUAAUAAAAGCAGUACUGUACUUGCAUUACUGGAUUGUACAAAACAAGCUACUAUUUAUGGGAAAUCUAUGAAGGAUGGGACUUCUCAUGUGCAAGGUCUGUUUCUGUUGUAAUGACCUCCAAACUAAUAUUAAUACAUUGGUAAAAACA